AUGACGGGAGAGGGUCUCGGAGACCUUAUCCUCUGUGGCAGCGUAUUCGGUCUGACCGUUGCGGACCGACUUGCCGAGUAUUCAAGCAGUACAUUGAGUCCCGAGAAUGGCACAUCUCUUCGAAUAGAAAAUAAAUGUUCUCGGCCGAGCCCUUCGACAAGUCACAAGAACGAAAACACGAUCCAUGCUCCGGGAGCGUUCUUUCCGGUCCUAUACCUGUGGCUAAGGUUUACCAGCACACCGCAGCUUGGGCUAACAACCGGAGAAGAAAAUGAUUUGGAGGACCCCACAGAUGGAACUGAAGAACUAUGCAGGAACUACAGUGAUGGCGAUUUCAAGUUGAAAUUUUAUUUCACAGUGAAUCUUCCCGGUACCACGUCGAGCUGCACAGCCAAUAAGGCAUAUGGGUAUGCAUUUGAGGGCGUGAACUGGACAGAAUUAGCCAGAGAUCUAGGAUGGAAGGAGCCUGUAGGAAAGAUUGAGGCUGGCGCGGUCGUCACCCUGAUCGAACCUAAGAUCGAGGACUUCAAGGACAAGGAGGGUAAAGAUGUCGAGGGCAAGGGUGAAGAUGUCGAGGAAAAUGGUAAAGAUGUCGAGAAGGGCCCACACUGCGAACCAGAGUGA